AUGCUGUGGACAAAGCAGAGAUGGACAUCCCAUUAGCACUGGAGUCCGUCUCAAAGAUUUCAGCUUCUACUGAAGUAAUACAAAUGCAGAAUGAAGACAAUCCAUGUGCUAUUCCAGAGGUUCAUCUCAAUAACACUUUUGUGGAAACAGAGGUCCCUUGUAAUACGGGAACUACUUCAUUUCUGCAAGUCGAAGAGGUGGAGAAAGUUACUGGUACUUUGGCUCUUGUUGAUUCUGGAUUUGAUAGUCUUGAUCAUAUGGAUGUUUUGAGAGAAUCUGUUCAUUCAACAUUAGAACAGGAGACUAGUUGGAAACAUGAAGACGCUACUGUGAAGAUGUUCCGUAAUUGUGACGCUGUAAUAAGAGAUUCUGAGUGUGAUGUCCAAGUUCUUGUUUUGGCCCAACCGGCAGACACUGCCACUGUACCCCAGUCUUCAGAAGAGCAGAGUGGGGCAGUCAGCCAGUCACAAAUUGAAAACCAGAUUGUGUAUGAGCCCAUUAGUAGUCCAGAGAGUAGUGGAGAUCCAGAUGCUGCUAUGGAUUUGGAGAAUCAAGGUUUGAUGGCUUUAAAGUACAUACCAAGUAUUCAAGACACAGUGGAGACCUUGUCUAGAAAUGAAUGCACGGAGGAUAGUAUUUUGCAACUGGUAAAUGAGGAACCUACUAAAGAAGAACAGGCAGGUGGACAAGCAGUAGUUGAAAUAAUGACGCUACAACCAACCACCACUUUUUCUGAGACUAAUGCAGAUGGAAAAGCUACAACUCCCACGAAGAAGCAAGGUUUGUCUUCAGAGUACAUACCAAGUACUGAAGACAUGGAGGACUUGUCGACUGAUGAAAGCAUGGAGGCUCAUCGUUUCAAACUAGAAAAUAAAAAAAGUACUAAAGAACAACUUAUAGAGGACCAAGCAGCAGUUGAAAUGAAGGCGGUUUGGGAGACCACCACACUUUCAGAGAGUAAUGGAGAUGACGCUGCUGUUUUGGAGAAGCAAGCGUUGGUGUCUUCCGUGGAAGUAACAAGUACUCAAGACACAAUGAAGAACCUGCUUGGUCAUGAACGUGCAAAGGAAAGUAAUUUGCAAUUGGAAAAUGAUGACGGGAGAAAAAAAGAACAGACAGAUGGCCAGAUCGCAGUUGAAAUGGAGGUACAGCAGACUACCACUGUUCCAGAGUGUAGUCCAGAGAAUAACAUAGGUGGAGAUGCUCUUGUGGGUUUGGUGAAUCAAUAUUUGGUGUCUACAGUGGAUGUAUUGCACUCUCAAAACAUAAAGGAGGACUUGUCUACUAAUGAAAGCAAGGAGCCUUGUCAUUUCCACCUAGAAAAUAACAAAACUGUUAAUAAAAACGCAGAUGACCAAACAUCAGUUGAAAUGGAGGAAUUACAACAGACCACCACAGUUCCAGAGGAUAAUAGAGAUGCCACUACUAAUUUGGAGAAGAAAGAUUUGGUGUCUUUGGAGAAACUUCCAAGUACUCAAGAUACAAAGGAGGACUGCCCUUUUAAUGAAAGUGCAGAGGUUAGUCAUUUGCAACUGGAAAAUGAUGAAAGAACCAAAGAGGAACAGACACAUGGCCCUACAGCAGUUAACAUGGAGGUACAACAGACCACCACUCUUUCAGAGAGAACCAGAGAUGGGCAUGCUAUUGUGGCUUUGGAGAAGAAAGAUUUUGUUUCUUUGGAGGAUUUACCCAACACACGAGAAAUGAAGAGUGACUUUUGUACUAGUACUAUUUUGGAAGCUGUUCAUUUGCAUGUAGAGUGUAAUCAAACUGAUAAACAAGAGCUGACAAACGACCAAGCAUCAAUUGUAAUGGAGGAAUUAAAACAGACCACCACUAUUCCAGAGUGUAAUGAACAUAGAGAUGCUGCUACUCUUUUUGAGAAGCGAGAUUCAGCGUCUUUAGAGAGAGUGCAAAGUGCUCAAGGAACAGAGGACAACAGGUCUGCUCAUGCAAGCACGUGGGCAAGUAAUUUGCAGCAGGAAAGUAAUGAAAGUGCCAACAAAGAACAGACAGAUGGCCAAGCAGUCAUUGAAAUGGCAGUACAACGGACCACCACACUUCCAGAGAGUAGUCCAGAGGGGAACAGAGAUGGAGAUGCAGAUGCUGGUGUGAUUUUGGAAAAGAUAGAUUUGGUUUCUUUAGAGGACCUAUCAAGUACACAACAACUUGAGGACUUGUCUACUAAUGAAAGUAUGGAAGGUAAUAAUUUGCACCUGGAAAAAAACACUUCCAAACAAGAGCUGACACACAACCAAGCGGCCAUUGAAUGGGAGGAAUCACAACAGACCACCACAGUUCCAGAGAGUAAUGGAGAUGCAGCUACUUAUUUGGGGAAUAAAGAUUUGGGGUCUUUGGAAAAAAUACCAAGUGCUGACAAUAUAAAAGAGGACAUGCCGACGAAUGAAAGUCUGGAGGCUAGUCAUUUGCAACUGGAAAAUGCUGAUAGUGCCAAAGAAGAACUGAUAAAUGACAAAGCAGCACUUGAAAUGGAGGAUGUACCAAGUACUCGGGAAAAAGAGAACUUGUGUAUUAAUGAAAGUGUGGGCGCUAGUUGUUUGCAAGUGGAAAAUGUGAAAAUGACUGAAGAAUGUCCAGACGUCCGAGCAGUAGUUGAAAUGGAGGUAGAACAGACAACUAUAGUUCCAGAGAGUAGCAGAGCUGGCGAUGUCCCUGUGGUUUUAGAGAGCCAAGAUAUGUCUUUAGAAGAUUUACCAAAUCUCCAAAACACAAAGGAUGACUUGCAGCUGGAAGCCGAUGAAAGGCCCGAAGAAGAACUGACAGCUGGCCAAGCAGUAGUUCAAAUGGAGGUACAACAGACCACUACAGUUCCAGAGAGGAACAGAGAUGGAGAUCCAGAUGCUGAUGUGGCUUCCAAUGAGAAAGAUUUGGUUUCUUUCGACGAUGUACCAAGUACACGAGAAAUUGCGGACUUGUCAACUAAUGAAUGUGUGGACGCUAGUCAUUUGCUCCUGGAAAAUAACAAAUCAGCUAAACAAGAAUUGACACACAACCAAUCAGCUGUUGAACUGGAGAAAUUACAACAGACCACCACAGUUCCAGAGAAUCCUCCAGAGAGGAACAGAGAUGGAGAUGCAGAUGCCGGUGUAGGUUCCGAGGAGAAAGAUUUGGUUUCUUUAGAGGGUGUACCCAGUACACAAGAAAUUGUGAACUUGUCAACUAAUGAAUGUGUGGACGCUAGUCAUUUGCUCCUGGAAAAUAACAAAUCAGCUAAACAAGAAUUGACACACAACCAAUCAGCUGUUGAACUGGAGAAAUUACAACAGACCACAACAGUUCCAGAGAAUCCUCCAGAGAGGAACAGAGAUGGAGAUGCAGAUGCCGGUGUAGGUUCCGAGGAGAAAGAUUUGGUUUCUUUAGAGGGUGUACCCAGUAUACAAGAAAUUGUGAACUUGUCAACUAAUGAAUGUGUGGACGCUAGUCAUUUGCUCCUGGAAAAUAACAAAUCAGCUAAACAAGAAUUGACACACAACCAAUCAGCUGUUGAACUGGAGAAAUUACAACAGACCACAACAGUUCCAGAGAAUCCUCCAGAGAGGAACAGAGAUGGAGAUGCAGAUGCCGGUGUAGGUUCCGAGGAGAAAGAUUUGGUUUCUUUAGAGGGUGUACCCAGUACACAAGAAAUUGUGAACUUGUCAACUAAUGAAUGUGUGGACGCUAGUCAUUUGCUCCUGGAAAAUAACAAAUCAGCUAAACAAGAAUUGACACACAACCAAUCAGCUGUUGAACUGGAGAAAUUACAACAGACCACAACAGUUCCAGAGAAUCCUCCAGAGAGGAACAGAGAUGGAGAUGCAGAUGCCGGUGUAGGUUCCGAGGAGAAAGAUUUGGUUUCUUUAGAGGGUGUACCCAGUAUACAAGAAAUUGUGAACUUGUCAACUAAUGAAUGUGUGGACGCUAGUCAUUUGCUCCUUCAAAAUAACAAAUCAGCUAAACAAGAAUUGACACACAACCAAUCAGCUGUUGAACUGGAGAAAUUACAACAGACCACAACAGUUCCAGAGAGCCAUCGUGAAACAGCUACUUAUUUGGAGAAGCAAGACUUGGUGUCUUUAGAAAAGUUACCAAGUGCUAACAACAGAAAAGAGGACAUGUCUAUUAAUGAAAGUGUGGAGGCUAGUCAUUUGCAACUGGAAAAUGAUGAAAGUGGCAAAGAAGAAUCGACAACUGGCCAAGCUGCAGUUGAAAUGGAGGUUGUAUCAAGUACUCGGGAAAAGAAGGAGGGCUUAUCUAUUAAUGAAAGUGUGGGGGCUAGUUGUUUGGACCUGGAAAAUGGAAAAACUGCUAAAGAAUGUACAGACGUCCAAGCAGUAGUUGAAAUGGAGGUAGAACAGACAACCACACUUCCAGAGACUAGCCCAGAGAGUAGCAAAGCUGGAGAUGCUGCUUUGGCUUUAGAGCUGCAAUCGUUGUUGUCUUUAGAGGAUUUGCCACAUGCCCAAGACACAAAGGAAGACUUGCAACUUGAAGGUGAGGAACCUUCCAACUUUGAAAAGACAGAUGGAGAAGCAGUAGUUGAAGUGAUGGAGCUGCAACAGACCACCACAGUUCCAAAGAGUUUCACGUCAUCUCCAGUCAUCAAUGAACCAACUGAUUUUGCUUGUGAAGAAAAAGUUGUGCCUACGGAUUCUGUGGUUGUAGCAGAGGCUUCUGAACAGCUGGAGUUGGACCCCCUCGCAACGGCACCUGCAGCCGUCCCUGCUGGAGAGCUACCAGAAGGUAGAUCUGAUGAAUAUGUUAUUCUAGAGCCGGUCACAGAGGGCGAAAUUCACUUAGAUAUUGUCUCUCAAGCCGCUGCCGCAUCAGGUUUGUCCAACCCCUGUUUAGUGAACCAGGUGGAUCCAAACUGCAUUUUUACAGCUACAAACGGACCCCAACAGACCUCCCUUUUGAAGACUGAAGAGCAGCCUGACAAGGUCAAAGAUAAUGCUGUGACUCCUUUAGGUGAAGAGGCAGAAGGUAUAAAUGCAUCACCUUCAGAAGAACCUAUUGCGCUAACUCCAGACUGUUCCCUUGAACCAUCAUCCAUCACAGUAGAAACAGCUGAUUCUCAAACUCCCAGUGUGAAAUUUGAGGCAACAGAGGACGCUGGGGGUGACUUGGCUCUACAAGAGUUGCAUAUUCUGGAAGACAUGGAGAUCGGUCAUGAGAUUGUUGUUGUGGAGGUCAGCAACGAAGAAGACAGCGACAUUAUGAUCGUAGCGAAACCUCCACCACAAGGACCUUCUUUUCAAAAGGCUUUGGAAAAGACUGAAAAUGAACCUAUUUUAAAGACGAACAACGCAUCUUUAAAGCCAGACAUUAACAGCAAUAUAAACCUUGAGAAGCCCAAGAAGCAAGAAAUGAACACCCAAGCGAGAACUAAAGCGCGUCUGGCUGCUCUGGCAGAGCAGAAAGCUGCCGCCAUGAAAAGAACAGCCAACAAGCACCAGCUCAACCUUUUAGCCUUGUGUCAGGAAAUUGCUGAGGACAUUGCCACAGACAGCAUGCUGUUAAAGAGGAUUGAGGAGGAAAAACAAGCGGCGGCUAAAAGUGAGGCCGCCAAGAAAGAAAAUCCACCUGUGAGAGUGCAAGAAGUAGCCACCAUUGACGUCAAACCUCCCGAUGAAAGCGAAAGCUCCUUAGCGCCGGUGCCCCUUGCUGAGGAACCCCCUGUGGUGCAGCCUCUCAGUGCUGAAUCGAAGCAGGCAGAUGACCCGCCAAAGAGGCGUUUCUUUGUCUCACAAGUUUCCGUACCUCUGAAGGCCCACGAGAAGAAGAAACUAACUCGAUAUCAAAAGCUAAGACAGGUCGAACUCCAAAGGGAGAAAAUGUCAUGGGCCCGCAUGAAGAAAAUGAAGUCUGACCAGGCAAAUCAAAUGUUCUCCGAUAUGGACUGGCAAGCGUCAAUGUUUACGCCUGCUCUUUUUUCCACUAAUGUCACGACAACUGACCCUGCACCAAAAGCCAGUUCAUCCCUGCCUCCAAGUCCUGCCUUUAGUGUCAAACCAACAUCACCGAAGCCAGAAGCUCCUGUGGUUGAGACUCUCAAUAUUGAAGCUACUAAAACAGAACCACUUAAAGUGGACAGCUCCAAGACUGAACCACAAGUCAACACUGAACCUGCUAAAACAGAAAUACUCCCGACUGAACCCACAAAAGUCGAAAACACAAGAAUAACAAGGCAAAGUAGUAAGUCUCAGGCCCCAAAGGUGACCCCUCCUACGGCCUCCACCCCAAAAGUCACCAGAUCGUCCACCAAGAGAUCUCUGCCGGCUGUACCCCCGCCCAUGCCCAAUGGACUUAAGGCAUCAAAACCUCAGCCUGUCGAGUACAAGCCAUACAAACCAAGGCCCAGGUAUUCACCAGAUGAUUUUGAACUUGACGAUGAUCCGUUACCAGCACCUCCAAAAAGGUCUGGUCCUCUGCCCAGGCCGAACCAGUCCCAAAGUCAAUCUAGUUCCCAAGUCCAAUUGAAAACCACGCCUCAGCCCGCCAGCCAGGCAAAACCCAAACCCUUAACCACUUCUGCUGGACAUAUCCCAGCUCAGUCAAAACUUGCCAUGUCAACCGGCGCUAAGUCCAAACCCGCUUGUUCUCCCAGUCAACAACAUGCCACCGCCACAACCCCUCUCUCAAAAGCCUCCGUCACACCUACUCCCGCCAAGUCAUCUCCUCCCGCUGCAGUUCCUCAAUCAAAACCUGCUUUGACUGCAACUCAAUCGCAGCAGGCACCAUCUGUUUCGCCCCUACUAAAAACUGCUGACGUUACCCCAGCUCAGACCACGCAGCCAGCGACUUCAAACACGUCUCAGGCAGAGGGAGAUCCAAGUCCUGUCAAAGCCCACCAACUUCAGGCAACAACAUCCACGGAAAGCAAGGAUACUGCUGCUUCAAGUUCAUCAAGUCCACCCCCAAAAAGUCCGCCUCCAUCAAAAGAGAGCUCUAAUCUGUCUGAUUCACCACAACGCGAAGAAAAGCCUGCCAGUGCUGAUCAGUGCCAAAAGAGCGACACCACCAGGACAGCGCAGGAUACAUCAGAUACAUCCUCUCAAGACACUGCAGUGAAGCAGCAAGCAUUACAGUGUCCUCUCUCUGAUGCAUGUCUUCAAAGAGAAGUCAAGAAACUAAAGGAGGCCGACAAAGAUGACAGCCAAACUGUCAUUGAUGCAGGACAGAAGCACUUUGGAGCCGUGGCCUGCAGCGUGUGCGGGAUGCUGUACUCUGCCGCCAACCCCGAGGACGAAUCGCAGCAUUUGCUCUUCCACAACCAGUUUAUCAGUGCCGUAAAAUAUGUGGGCUGGAAAAAGGAGAGGAUACUCGGAGAAUUUCCUGAUGGUAAAAUCAUCCUAGUCCUGCCUGAUGAUCCCAAAUACGCUCUCAAGAAGGUUGAAGAAAUACGGGAGAUGGUGGACAGUGACCUUGGCUUCCAGCAGGUGGGGACAAAGUGUCCCUCCCUUACAAAAACCUUUCUCUUCAUCACCAACGACAAGAAAGUGGCGGGAUGCCUCAUCGCAGAACACAUCAAUGAGGGCUACCGAGUCAUCGAGGAGCCUGAACCCGAGGGCUCGGAAGGGGAGAAGGUGAUGUUUGAGCGUCAGAGGGCGUGGUGCUGCUCCACCACGGCCGAGCCGGCGCUGUGCGGGAUCAGCCGCAUAUGGGUGGUGAGCGUGAUGAGACGGCAAGCUAUCGCCUCACGUUUGCUCGAGUGCCUCAGAAACAACUUCAUCUACGGUUCCUACCUGAGCAAAGACGAGAUCGCCUUCUCGGACCCGACACCGGACGGGAAGCUUUUCGCCACGCACUACUUCGGCACCUCACAGUUUUUGGUGUACAACUUUGUCAGUGGGACGCACUCCCGACAGCCCAAAACUGACUCGGUAUGACGGUCGGGCACAGAGAACGGGGACACCAUGGUUCCAAUCUCAGGAUGAACAAAUUCACCCGCACACAAAACAGAUUUUCUUUUAAAGCGACAUUCAGUGGAAACUACCAAUGAAAAUUGGGGCCACCCGGAAAAAAAAAAUGAAUUGUGGGAUUAAAGCUAUUAUUUUAGGAGAAUACAUUGGGAUCUUUUUUUUUUUUUUAAGAUAAACCAAAGAAAAGAUCUGUUUUGAUAUUAAAAAUCUACACUUCAGAAAAACAUGGCUAUUCUUAUAUAAGUAUGACUUUCACAACUCAAAUUUACUUUUUUUUGUCAAUAACAUAAAACUUCAUUGACAUCACUUGAAUUGGGGAAAAAUCAGAUUUUUUUUUUUUAUGUUGAAAUAUGUAACGACUUCUUAAGAAUACACAACUUCAUAAUAUUGGGAUUAAAUAUAAUAAGGCUAUAUACAACUUUGUCACAAGAUGAUUAAUGUAAAAACAUUAGAAAAAUUCUUAUGUGAUUUUUAAUCCAGAAAAUAACUGGUGUAUAAAUAUUUAUUCUCAUAAUGUUACAAUUUAGAUCUGAAUAAUGCACCAGUGUAUCUUAAAUUCAAAUUGCUUGAAGUGACUUGAAAUCAUCCAAUUUUGUUUUAAAAUUAUUUCAAUGUCGAAUGCACGCAAUCUUAUUCUCCUAAUAUUAAGACUUUUAUCUGUAAAAUACUUUUUUUUUUUUUUUUUUCCCUUCCGACGUGGCCCUCGUACUUCUUCGUAAGACACGAAUCAUGUCUGUUUUUUUGACUGAUGUAUUUUAUUAACAGGCAGGUAAGGUUCAUGGUGUUUUCCCCGCUCAAUAGCUGCUCACUUUUGAAACCAUUUUUUACUCCCCUCCCGUCAUGUUUUGUCGCGACAUUUCAAACUAACCACGUGAGGAUUUAUCUUGAAGAAGAAAUGUUUAGAACUGUAGCGUGGGCAUUUUUAAAAAAAAUCUUUUCUGGGGCUCACAUAUUUUGCUGAGCCGUGUACUGUUUGCUGUCCAAGCGGCAGGGCAUUGUAACCUCUCCCACAUUUUUUAUUUUUCCAGUUUAUUUCACCCAGGCUGGCCAUUCUUAUUUGAUUUUGUGCCUGAACUUAAUUAACAGUGUGAAUUAAUUUUUUUUUUUGUUACAUAGUGAACCGUUAUCAUCUUUGUAUUCCUUAAUAACUUACACUGUACUAUAUCAAACGGCCGUGUAGAUAAAUGCGUACUAUAACAUUUAUAAUAAAUGAUGUGGAAGGUCUGAAAGGCUCUUUUUUUUUUUUUCUCCCCCAUCACCCUCUUAUGACUGCACAUACAUUUGAUUUAUACAAAAAGUUGUAAAUAUUUAUUUGAAUAAUAAACAGUAAAUAUUGUUUGCUUGUGCCUGCUGAUUUUCUUUUCGCAGGGACGCCAAGAAGAAGUCCUUGAUCAGAAACGACACCUCGCAGUCGGUGGUGUAAAUAUUUAUUUUAAGUAUAUUAAGU